AUGUCCUGGCUGACGGAGAUUCCAUUGGCGAGACAAGAUAGAGUGGGUCUGCAAGACACGUUUCAGUUGUCCGACGAGGCACUGGUCGCCAACGGGCUGGAGAGGAAUUCGAUGGUGGAAAACUUGCGCUUCAUUUACGAUUUCGGUGGGGAGUGGCAUACUAAUGAUAGAUUGACUCAGUUCCGAGCUCCGAAAGCCAGCCCCGCCAAACGCGAAAACCGGAUGAUAUUGAACAUACCCAACAAAGUGUACACGUUUAAGAUGCUCAGGCAGAUGAUCACGGAGAUGAGUUUCGAGAAGCAGCCGGAGGCCAUUUUCAAGGAGCAGGAGUUGGCGGUUAAUAAGGAUUACCGCGAGCUGCCGGACGAGGAAGCCAUGCAGAUGACGCCCAGAGAGCGUCUGGAUCGCCGGCUCAAGUCGUUCUACGAUCAUCUGGAAGACAUGUUCGUCGGCGCCGAUCUCAACAUGGCCAACAUGGCCGUCGACUUGGUGUUCAACGGAAUCUCCCGCUUGGCCGAGCGCCGAAAUGUGUUGACCGACAGCUGGCGGACCAAAGGGGAUACCAACUGCACGCACUUUGGAGCCGUUUAG